CGGGGGGUCACCAGGCCUACCCUAUGGGCAACCUUGCAUCGAGCGCUGGUGAUUUUUGAUUUACUUCUCGCCCGAUAUUGGCGUUUUAUCUAUUCUACUUCGUCUGCGCGCUCCGGUGGAUGGCAGCAGCAACGGCAAUCGACCGGCUAUCGGCUUGCAGGAUGGAGUCAAGUGAGCCGUGGUUGGGGUGGUUGAAACGCCUCGAGCGGAUCACUUUAAUGGCGACAUCAACCCGCGUGCGCAAAGCAGUACUGCGCAUUAUAAAUCUGCCUUGAUACCAGCACUCUGUCGCCUGCCACCGGCUGUCAGCUGCAUAAGCACAAGUCUCCAAUGCUCAAAAUAUAUCGUUAUGCCUGGCGGGCCACAAACAACGGAAACAACGCCAGCCAUAGCUGCCUUAAAAGCAUUCAUAUUUUGUGCGCUGCCACACGCACCUGCACCAUCACUCUCCACUCUCUGUUCUCUGCUCUCUGCUCCCUGCACUUGAGCUAUGUGGCUCCAUGCGGCCUGGUUCUUUCGCAGUGCCUGUACAGAGGGGCAACCCACUCGCCCAGAAUAAUCGGACCGGUCCCAACGGUCUGCGGUCUGAUGCCCAAUUAAACGGCUGCAUCUGGAAAUGGAUAAACGCGCGUUUAUUUUAUUUGUAUUUCCCUUUUUUUGCUGUACGUACUUUUGGUGUUAAUCUGCAAAGCUUGCCUUAUCCAGCUUUCAUCCCUGCUUUAUUUUCCUUUUCUUGGGCUGCCCUUCUUUUCGCUCUUCGCUCCCCAAUAUUCUUCGCUCUUUGCAAAAAUGAUCACGACGAUGCAGCUAAAUCAAGAAAUCGCGCCAUGCGUUUCUUUGUUGCAUCCUUUGUGCGAUGCCAAUGUCAAUGCCGAAGAUGCUGAUGCUGAUAUCGAUGUUAAUUUUCGUUUUGCGUUUUUGUUUUGCCCAAUAAAAAACAGUCCCGAUAUUCAGUUGGCUAUGGUAGGGGACCAUUUAGCCUUUAGUUAUUAU